AUGGGCCCACCGUCCGCAACGGCGGCUGCUCCCCCUCUGCCGGAGCAGCACAUGCCACUGAAGCAAAAGAUGGCCGAGGGUUUCAAAUCGUGGUUCGGCAAGGCCCUCGGGCAGGGCGCGACGCCGCAGGGCGACAUGGCGCACGCCACCGUCGCCGACAUCUUCCCGCGGACCGUCCCCGAGGUCGACGGCGACGACUGCAGCCACGACUGCGAGAGCUGCACCGUCAAGUACCCGCGCGGCUUCAAGGUCGAGGAGUCGGACGUGCUGUACGGUCACGUCAAGGGCUGGGAGACGCACGUCCUGGUCGCGACGGGCAAGUCGGACUGGGUGCGCGACGUGGAGGACGAGAAGGGCAGCGUGAUGCAGGCCGUGGGCAAGGCGGAGAAGCCGAGCAACGGGAGGUUAAUGCUCUCGGCAUCCAACAUCCCUACCCCCGACCACUCCAACGACUACUCCAAACCCACCACCGUCCUCCUCCUGCCCGCCUUCCAGAUCAUAGAAAACGUCACGCCGGAAAGCGUGCCGACGCUGAUAUCAGAGUUCGUCAACAAGGGGCCCACAAACACCUCGGCUCUGCACCCCGUCUCCCUGCCGCGCCAGCUAUCCGCUGCCCCUCCUCCGGGCAGCGACGCGGCGGCGGUGAUCGCGGCGGCGGGCCUCGCGAGCCGGCCGUGCCCGCACAGCGCGCUGGUGCUGCUGUGCUCGCAGAAGACGCGCGACGCGCGCUGCGGGCAGUCGGCGCCGCUGCUGCGCAGGGAGCUCGAGCGGCACCUGCGCCCGCUGGGCCUGUACCGCGACCUCGACGACGAGCGGCCGGGCGGGGUCGGCAUCUACUUCAUCUCGCACGUCGGCGGGCACAAGUACAGCGCCAACGUCAUGGUGUACCGCCGGCCCGACGCCUUUGGGCUCGACGGCCUCGAGAGGGCGCGCCUGGCGCCGGGGAAGGCGGUGGCGCCCGCGACCGCGCACAAGCGGAAGGCGGCGACGGAGAAUGGGAUCGCUGCUGCUGCUGCUGCUGCUAAUGGCACAGAGAAGGAGGAGGAGGACGGGGAUGUCGGCGCUGGUCAGUGUAUCUGGCUUGCCAGGGUCGCGCCCGAGGACUGCGAGAACUUGGUCAAGUACACCAUUCUACAGGGCAAGGUGGUCAAGCCGGCCAGGCAGCUAAGGGGCGGCUUUGACAGAGCCAAGGGGUUAAUUAGUUGGUAA